GUUGUUAAAAAAAAAAUAAUAAUAAAAAAACACAAUUCUAAACGAAGCAGGAGUCUUUAGAAGUCCGUCGAACAAAAAAAGUGAAUUUUUCCCCGAACAUCAUAACACAGUAAUUAAACGUCAAACAAACCAUUCACUGGACACGAUCAGAUAAAUCAAGAAAACUUCUUAACUUUAAGUUCAGUGCAUUUUGAAAAAAGCAAAAAAAAAAAAACAGAAACAGAAACAAAAGAAAAUAAACCCAAAAACCCGAAAAUAAACCACCCCAUUAAGGCAGAAAAACAAAAGACUUAAGCAACAAACCUGCAGCACAAUGCAGAACAGAGUCGACAACAACAACAACAGCAACACAGCGCAGCGAUGGCUAUUGUUGCAGCUGCUUGUGGCCAGCACAAUGCUGGUGAAUACGAUUUCCGCCCAGGACUCCACAGCUUCAACAGAAUUUGCCCCACGUGUAUCGGCCACCUGUAAAGCGGGCACCAUGAACAUCAAAGUGAAAUUGGACGGACCAUAUAGUGGUGCUGUUCAUGCUCGUGAUUAUCGAACACCAGCCUGCAUGGCCAUGGGUGAUGGCUCCGAUUCAGUGGGAUUCAGUCUCAACUUGUUGGCCAAAGAUGGUUCACCGGACUACUGUGGGGUUCUAGUCAGCAACGUGAGUGGACAAAAUCGCACCGAGGAACGGUCCAUUCAACUGGCAGUACGUGUCCACAAGACAUUGGAAUUGGCCGAUGAUAAAUUUUAUGUUAUCACCUGUGGCAAAUCGGGUUUCGGAAGAGACGACAACGCCCAUGUUAUCCUGAAGUUCCUCCAAAAUGAUCGCCGCGUUCGUGAGACAGUCUAUGGUCAUGAAUAUAAAAUCCGUGCUGAAUUCACCAAACCAAAUGGUACCCAUGGUAUUAAGGUUGGCAACUGUAUGGCUUUUGACAAAAAGAACCUCAGUCUUCCCCUGAUCGACGAAAGAGGAUGUCCCCUUGAUGGAGAAAUUAUUUCACGUUUUGUGCCAAGUGCAGAGGGUAACUAUGCUGAGGCUACGCUGAGAUCUAUGUUCAAAUUCCCUGAAGGUUCCGAAGUCCAUUUACAAUGUGAUGUGAUUCAAUGCUAUGGCCCCUGUGUUGAAGAUGAGGACUGCAGUCAAAUUGCGGUGGCUGGUGUGGGUGGGGCUGCUGGUACCAAAGGUGGCAAUCGUAAGGUGCAUCCCAAUGAGGAGGGCUCCAGUAUUGCUGGAACCACCGUUUUCGUGUUAGAUCCUGCCAAGGCGCCCUACACAACCGUCGACUGUGAAGAUGGCAUUCGACCCACUUGGCUGCUCUGGCUGGCCAUUACCCUGGGUGUUCUAUUCCUCAUUAUGUUGUUGAUGAAUAUUUUCCUCUGCACUGCCAUGAGCUGCAGCUGUGCCAAUACGGAGAUAAUCGAAAAAGAGCCCUCCAUUAUUGAAGAAUAUGAUCCCUAUAGAAGUUGGCAUGGUAGCCAGUAUGGUUCAAGAUAUUCGUUGCAUGGACGUGAUGCCCACAAAGGUUAUACCAGCGGCGGUUCGACCAUACAUUCUAAUAGGUCGGCGCCUAUUGAAAGCGAUCACUAUGCCAUUGUUCAUCAACGUCCCGGAACUCGAUUGCCACCCGGUAGUGGUCCAGUGACACGAACACGUGGCCCCCUGCACAGCUAGAGCGGCGCCCGAGAGAGAGCAGUGAUUUAAAAUGAAUUGUCUCCACAAAAUAUAUUUUAUAUUAUUUGUAAAUAACAAUAGUUGAAAAAAAA